UAUUUGCUAAUGUAAGGGCGUCUGAUGUUUCAUGAAUACAAACUAUGUCAACUGUAUCUUCGACUAAGGAUAUUUAAAAAAAGAAAUACACGUAUUUCACAACCAAGACCAACUGUUUACUGCUAAUUCGCGAUGCUGGAGAAAGGUUGAACCACAGGUUACUCAUGGAAACAAAGGGGAUCGCUGAAAAUGUCCAACUCAGUUAAAAAAGUGAGACAAGGAGAAAAAAUACCUCUGAAGUCAACGGGAAUCCAGAGCAAGGCGUCUCAUGAUCUCAGGAGGCUUCAGUCCCUGCUUGCCAAAACCGGCCCCAGACAAGAGGUGGCUGCGAUGAGUCACAGCAAGGCAUGCAGCGGUGGAGCCAGCAGAUCACAAGGCCUGCAUCAUCAAAAAGACGACAACAGACACCGGAGUGAGAGCGACAUCAACAGUGAAGCAUCUGAACUGGAAAAAUUCAGCAUAUCAUACAGGGACCAAAGAUGCUUCAGUGGCCACCCACUGCAUAAACUCUUCUCUGACAUCCUCGUGUCUUUGGUCAAGAACCGACUCUGCAGUGAAUGGAUUGACCAUGCAACACCUGAAUCAGUCCUCAGGGUUCUCAUCUGCCUACGAUUAUUGAUCAGAGAUCCUCACCAUCAGAAAACUCUCCAUCAGCUCCAGGGCAUCAGUUUACUUGCCAGGUAUAUGGAGGCUGUCACCGCCACGUACAUAUCUUGUGGCGAACAGGCGUUUUCCGUGCAGAAGCUGGUCACAAUGACCUACAUGUUUCAGAAGCUGUCUGCCGCUGAAAAUCAAAGGGCCUGGGUCAUCGCGAGUGGCGCUCACAAAACCCUGGUGAAGCUCCUCUCCACAACAGACAGCAGUGUGCUGCUGGGAGCCCUGCUGGCACUCAGCACUUUGGCUGAGAGCCCAGAAUGCAAGGAGGAGAUUGGGAAGCUACCGAUCGUGGAGAACCUUCUUGUAAUCCUGCAGGAAUAUGACCUGCUGUCAAAGAGGAUAACUGCAGAGCUGCUGAGGCUCCUGUCCUCAGUGCAGCAGGUGAGGCAGCAGGUGAGGGAGCUGGAGGGGCUGCCCGUGCUGCUGAGCCUGCUGCACGGCCAGCACCUGAAGCUGCUGUGGAGCCUCACCUGGGUCCUGGUCCAGCUCUGCGAGGAUCCCGACACCAGGGCAGAGAUCCGGAGCUGGGGAGGGGUGCAGCAGCUGCUUUGGCUGCUCAACAGUGACAGGCGGUAUGUCUCCGAUCGCGCCUCAAUCGAGACGCUGUCCAGCGCCAACGCUGCCGGUCGCAUCCAGAAAGAGCACGUCAGAGAGGAGCUCAGCCCACAGGAGGAGGUGGACAACACCAAGGCCCUGCAUUCAGCCUGUUGUACAGCUUUGACGGAGCUUAGUCUGGAUGACACAUCUGCUCACCACAUUGUGCAGGUAAGAGAAAGUCUCUAAUAUGUGCACAGUCCAUAUUGAUGUAAAAUUACCAUAUAUAAUAAAACAUUGCAUGAUUCAUUCUUGCAUCCUUUUCUUGAAAAUGGGAUCUACAUUAUAGCAAAGUUGAUUUUACCACCAAAGUCUGGAGCAAAGGUCACAUCUUUACAGUGCUAUGCAUUUCGGACCCUUCGAUUUCUCUUCAGUGUGGAAAGAAACAGGCAUCUGUUCAAGAGACUCUUUCCCACAGACCUCUUUGAGCUGUUUAUUGAUGUUGGCCAUUAUGUGCGGGACCUCACAGCCUAUGAGGGACUGCAAACCAAAGUUUCACUCUACACUGAAGAGGAACUGGACAGUCUGAGAGAGAGCAUCGAAGCGGUGGACCAGAACCGACCUCCCCUUAAAGUCAUCAGCGGUUACUCCCUACUGGACCAUCUGGGCACCGGGGCGUUUGGAAGCGUCUUCAAGGUCCAAAAGCAGAGCGGCCAGAACCUCCUGGCUCUGAAGGAGGUGAACCUGCACAACCCGGCCUUUGGCAAAGACAAGAAGUCCAGAGACAGUAACGUGGAGAAAAUCAUCUCUGAGCUCACAAUCAUCAAAGAACAGAUGACACACCCAAACGUUGUUAAAUAUUACAAGACGUUUUUGGAAGGUGACAAGCUGUACAUUGUGAUGGAGCUGAUCGAGGGAGUGCCACUGGCUGAACAUUUUAACUCCCUGAAGGAGAAGCAGCAGCAGUUCACCGAGGACAGAAUUUGGAAUAUAUUCAUGCAGAUGUGCCUGGCAUUGAGGUACCUGCACAAGGAGAAGAGAAUAGUCCACCGCGACCUCACGCCAAACAACAUCAUGCUGGGGGAGAAGGACAAAGUCACCAUCACUGACUUCGGCCUGGCUAAGCAGAAGCAGGAGAACAGCAAGCUGACGUCAGUGGUCGGCACCAUCCUUUACUCCUGUCCAGAGGUGGUGAAGAGCGAGCCGUAUGGAGAGAAAGCUGACAUCUGGGCUUUAGGCUGUAUCCUCUAUCAGAUGGCCACUUUACAGCCUCCGUUCUACAGCAGUAACAUGCUGUCACUGGCUAGCAAGAUCGUCGAGGCCAUCUAUGAACCGAUUGAAGAAGGUGCUUUUUCAGAGAGAGUGACAGACAUGAUCAGAUGGUGUUUGAGUCCAGACGCAGACCAGCGGCCGGACAUCGUUUCCGUCAGCUCCAGGAUCUCUGACCUCAUGAUGAGGCUGAUGGACGGCCUCUACACUUCCCAGAAUGCACUGGAAAGAAGAGCAGAGAGGGACAGGAAACGAGCGCAGAGGUACUUCCUGGAGCGGCACAAAAGCAGGAUGAACUGCUGCCUCUCAAACCAGGAAAAAUCCUUAAUGAAAGCUGAAUAUACGACUACACACUCUUCUGCAGCCUGCACCUCAAAACACAGCGGGCGAAUCAUCUGUCAAGAUGCUGCCUCUGAUAAUGACGUUGAACCGUCGCAUACCAAAAACAACACCACUGCCUCUGUAGGAAAACAUUACGGACUCAGUACCUGCGUGACACCUGAUCAAAUUCUACAAAGUGGGGAUUUUACUGCAGCAAAGAUUAAACCAAGACCAGUGUCAGCAGGGAUCUGUGUCUCCCAGAAGAAGCUUAGACAGAUUGAUGAUCCCAGCCAGAGGCUCCUCGUGCAGCUGCACAAAAUCAUCUUCAUCACUCAACUUCCACCAGCUCCGCACCACAACAUCAAACGACGGGUUAUUGAAAGAUUUAAAAAAUCUCUGUUCCACUUUGGAAGCGAUCCAUACAACCUAAAAGUGGAGCUCAGCAAGCUCCUCCAGGCCUCUCCAGAACUGAUGGAGCUAGGCUCAACCAGUUCAGACUGGUGGCCUCUGAUCCACCACGUCACAGGAGACCCCCUCGCUGCUGACACCACAGGUGAUGGGAAUCUCAACGAGGGGGUUACCUAUCAGCAGAUGCAGGGGAUCAUAGAGGAGCUGCUGGAGGAGAACAGCUACUAUGAAGCAACAAACAGCAGGGGCACAGUGAAAAGAAAUGACCAAGACAAGAAGUGACCAUCCGUCAAUAUUCAUCUUCAGUUCACAAUGAUUAUUAAUCUUUUUUUAAAUGUUCUUUAUAUAUAAUUUAUACUUAUUUAACAGAAACCUAUUAUAUCAUUUAUACUAAUUUAACAUAUAAACCUCUGUAAAUCAUAAAUAAGAACAUGUUUUAGUUUGUACUUGACUUGUUGACAACUUGGCAGGUUGCUGUUGUGAGGCUGGUGUAACAUGUUUCCACAUGUUUAUAUCAGCACACUCCUCCUCACUGGUUCUCAGGAGCUGUUUGUACAGAUGUCAUGUGACUGAGCUAAUUUCCAAAGAUAAUUAGUCACCCUUGCACUGAAAAUGCUUGUAUGUGCUUUUAAUGAAGGUUGAAGAUAUAUAUGAUUAUUGUUGUUGUUAUAUUUCGUGUUUAUUUUUUAAAGCCUGUGAGCGUUUCAGUCGUUACAAGCUUCUCAUAUUAAAACAAACUGGCCUCCGGGCUGCAUGACACACACAGCCACCACCGUCCAAAGCUUUUAAUCAGUGGGUUUCAGCAGCUCUGCUCGUGUGAAGCUUUCUGUUUUUUGUUUAUUCAGGUUUGUCUGAGUGCAGUGCUUUAAAUGCUCCGGACCAGACUCAGCGGUUUGACUGUUUUCAGAAUGUGUUAUUCAAGUGGCUGCGACCCAGUUUCCUCACUCACUUCGCUCUCAGAGAGCUGAUAAGACUUCACCUUAGUUCACCAUCAAUCCUCACACAUAUCAGUGUUUGACUGAAGCUUUAGCAGAUGUAAAUACAAGGUCAAAUGUUUUUCCACUUGUGUUGAAUUAACAUGCUCUCUGAAAUACUGUUAUAUUGUUAGUGUUAGUGUACUGUUGUAUUUUUUGUAUGUAAUUUCAUUUUGAAGAGCUGAUAGCAGCUGAAAAUAAACUUUCUUGUGCACUUUGAUCGAAAAGGGAACUGUCAGUAUAUAAUCUGUAUAAAGAACAGUGAACUAUUUUAAAGUGAUAUAUUAAAUAAACACUUUUUUCA